GCCAUUUUGUCAAAUCCGCUGACUCAAUAGACGCGUCUUUUACUCCGUAAUCAAUUAUUUUGUAUCGGCGUAUUUUCCGCAAGUAUUUUAUUGAAAUUAUUGUAUAAAAAAAAUAAUUAUUACUUUUUGAGCGUUUUAAUUCAUCAGUAUGAUCAAGGCCGACGAAGCCCAGAAUCAAAAUGAAGAUCGUGAGCGCAGCCGAGAGCGGGACAGAAACCGGAGAUCUGACCGGCAGCGUCUGAAUUCAUCUAGCCGCGAUCGAAGCCGCGAGCGCGGCGGAGCUGGAGGAGGUGGCUCAGGUGGCCGACGUAUCUCCGAGCGUCGUAUUUAUGUAUCGAACAUCCCCUACGACUUUCGUUGGCAAGAUCUCAAGGACUUGUUCCGCACUGAAGUAGGAAAAGUCGCUCACGUUGAAUUGUUCACUGAUGAAAAUGAUAAACCACGUGGGUGCGGGAUUGUUGAGUUUGAAGACUCGGAGAGUGUGAAGGUUGCUGUUGAAAAAAUGCACAGAUUUGAUAUUAAAGGACGGAAGCUUGUUGUUAAAGAGGACUACGACGUAGAGCGUGACAAGUAUGGCCGAUUGCAAUCCUCCCGGGACCACGAUCGCUCAAGAGACGACCGCUUCCGUGAUUCUUCUCGUUCGAACGCGAACCGAGGAAGUUUAGUCAGCUCUGGGUCAGUCUUGGGCAGCAACGGAGACAAAUUCGGCAACACCUACGGCUUGAGCACACAAUUCCUAGAAUCUUUAGGAAUAAACGGACCACUGGUGACCCGAGUGUUCGUAGCUAACCUGGACUACAAAGUCGAUGAGAAAAAACUUCUGGAAGUUUUCAAGCUGGCAGGAAAAGUCUUGCACGUAGAGUUAGGCAAGGACAAGGACGGAAAGUCCCGCGGGUUCGGUGUCGUAGAGUACGACCACCCAGUCGAGUCCGUACAGGCGAUCUCUAUGCUCCACAAUCAGCAGCUCUAUGAUAGAAGAAUGACUGUGAGACUUGACCGUGCUAAUGAUCCAGACUUGCCACCGAAGCUACCAGAAGGCUUGAAGUCAAUCGGCAUGGGAUUAGGUGCUGGAGGCAAUCGGCUGAUGGAUGUUGCUCGAAAUAUUCCCAAUGUCGCUUCCAAUGCUCCUGUUGUCAAUUCUAUCGCUGCUCCAGUUCUUGCUACUAGUGCUUUUGGAGGUGGACUUAAUAAUGUUGUUCCAGCUCAAUUAGCAUCAGCCUUGUCAAAUUCAAACGCAGCAGCGUUACAAGCGAGCUUAGCCAGUGGCCUUAGCAACAAUCUAGCGAAUUCAUCUCUGCUGAACUCAUCCCUCACCUCCGAGCUGGCCUCCAACUUAAACAAUUUCACUGGUAACGUCAGCGGACUGUCGAGCUUGCAGGCGUCCUUAGCAGCCAGCAAUCAGGGAAGCAAUUCUUUUGGUCAACGUGGCUUGGGUAAACUUGACGGAGAUGUGGGUGGAUUUGGAGGAAGUAGCUUCGGCAAUUCUAAUUACGGAGGAAGUCGUGGAGACUUUGAUGCUUUCAACCGCGAUUCGGAUCGCAUGGCUAAUGCUAACGCUGUUUUCUCAGCUAGUCAGAGCCAGCAGUCUAAUGCUAAUCGUCAAUCUAGUAAUGGAGCAAGACCUAUGUCUGAUACUAUUGUUAUUGCCAAUUUACCGCCAAGCACAACGUGGCAAAUGUUACGCGACAAAUGCCAAGAAAUUGGUGAAGUUAAGUUUGCUGAAAUGAGAGGCAAUGAUAUUGGAAUGGUUCGUUUUGCAUCCGAGUGGGAUGCUGAGAGAGCUGUCUCAAUGAUGAAUCGUUCACGAAUCGACGGGCGAGCAAUUGAGGUACGACUUUACUAAUAUAUUAACUUGAUUAACACAAAGUUAAUAGAGUUACUCUAUAAAGGUAAUCACCAACACAUAAAAUUCCACAAUUAUUUCUCAUUAGCAUUAAUAUUAAUUAACAAGCAAAAAAUCUAAAGAUUAACAGCGCAUCAAUUAUGACAAUUGGUAAUAAUUUAUCAGAUUAUCAACAAUCUUCCGAUUUACUGAUGAUUAUUUAGGGUCUGUUGAUGGUUCAAUUAUUUACUCACUAUUUUAUUCCAUUGAUUCCAUCGACUUUUAUUCACUAGUAUUCAUUGCUCCAAUAGUCGUAUUUUUUUUCUCAUUCAGUUCUAUCAAAUAAAAAUUAUUUUUUAUCUAGACGUAUUUAAAAUAACUCUCAGUUUAUUACAAGGUGAUUUGUCGAGAUUUUUUUUAUUUUUUUUUUUUUUAAUUCUGGACUUGUAGAAUAUUUAAGUACCAUGUAUAAGUGAUAGCUUGAAAAAAAUAUUCGAUAGAGCUUUUUGUUUGUAUCGUAUUCGGUUGAAUUGAAAUAAUUAUAAUUAUAAAAACUAUUUAAUCACUGUGUAUCAAAAGGUGUCCAAUUGUAAUAAUAAAAAAAAAAAAAAAAAAAUUAGU